AUGGCGCUACUGAAAUUGUCCUUCACGGUCCUGACGGUCCUCGCGGCGUCGUCGAGCGCCCUGCUGGUCAAGCAAGGCCCGAUCGCUCCCCUGGGGCCCGUGGUGCCACCACCGCCCCUGGGUGAUGGGCCCUUGGUCAAGCCGGCCGAGCACGACGACGUGGCCCCGCAGUACAGCUACGCCUACGACGUCCAGGACGCCCUGACCGGGGAUACCAAGAGCCAGCACGAGAGCCGGGAGGGUGGCGUCGUCAGGGGUGGGUACUCGUUCAUCGAGUCGGACGGUAGUCGUCGUAUAGUCGACUACGUGGCGGAUCCAGUGAACGGGUUCAACGCGGUGGUGCGCAAGGAGCUGGGGGUUGCGCCGCCAACGGGUCCUCUGGGACCGGCCAAGCUGCCCGUGCACCCGAACGGCCUAGGACCGGUCGUGCCCGGGCAUCUGCCCUACGGUCAUCUUAACGCUGUCGCCAACCCAGCCAACGCUUACGUGUCGGUGGCGGGCCACUCUGGCCUAGCCCGUCCGUUCGGCUUCAACCACCUCGCCUACCCAGCUCACCCCUACAACAACCAUCUCUUGGCUGCCCAUCAUCACCCCUACAACAACCAUCUCUUGGCUGCCCAUCAUCACCCCUACAACAACCAUCUUUUGGCUGCCCACCAUCACCCCUAUGGCUACGCCGGUGCCCCUGUAGCCCCGGUGGUGGCACCUGCACCCGUCGUUGCGCCCAUUCAGCCGGCCCUACCACCGCAGAAGCAUUUGGCCAUCGGACGCUACGGAUACGCCAUCACCAACGCCCCUUUCAACUACGCUUACCAGCACUAAUUUCGGGCCUUCCUAUGGAGCCUACAUAUGAGGCUUCGGGUGAAAGCGUUCACUAGUUUUUUUUUCCUUGCUUCAAUUUUUUGCAACAGUUCGGGCCUACUCUUCGGAAAGAAUAUAUAGAAUCCGUUGACAUUCCUCGCUUCACGGAGAUUUAUACGUUUCGGUUAUGAUUAUUCAUGUAUAUCAUUUUUGUUCUUACCGUAUGAGCUUGAGUUGAAACAUUUUUUCGGGUAAAACGACAAGAAGAUAACAGCUAGGUGAUGUAAAAAAGGCUUUUUGCAACAUGGGCGUGAUUACAUUCGUUUUUUGAAAUUUUUUUUUUUUUACAGCGAAAAUGUGAAUCACAUGAGUUAUCUUUUCUAACAAAGUCCAUUAGAGCAUCAAAAGGCUACGUUGUUAAGUUGCAUCUUGAGUAGUUUUUGAAAUAAACUUCCCUGUAAAAAACUCUGAACAUAAAAUGUAAAAAAAAUAUAUAUGUGUAUAUAGUUUGUCCCUUAUGUGUACAAAAAUAAAUACUCCGUGAAAAUUUUUGUAUCAUUUAAUUGUUCUUCGAGCAAAAAUAAGCAAACUUGAUUAGCGUAUUAUUAGUAGUAGUGCGCUGAUUUGAUUCAUUUUUUUAUGUACAGUUCUUUUUCUUAAUAUUCAUAAAUGACCUAAUAGGG